AUGAAGAGUCCUGUGUCUCUCAAUGUGCUGGUGAGUAGACAAGGCAAAUUCUUUGUACUGAACUGUGGCAGGGCAGUUUAUAUGGGGGUGGGGCAGGGAAUUAUCCAGCAAGUUUCAGCCUCUUGGAUAAAUAAUAUGAAUACAGAAGAACCUCAGAGUAGGGAGGGGAGAGAAAAUUAGUUUGUAUCUUAAUAUGAAGUUCCCUAAUUUUCCCUUUCGGAAACAAUAUGCAAACUGAAGCACAAUUGUCCUUCAACAUUCACAUUCCUCUGAAUUUUGCAAUGCAGUGCUCUAAACACAUUAUGUGCACAAAAUGUGUUUAUUGUGGAAAAACUGCAUACAAAUUUAUAUAUUGGUAAAAAUAGCAUUAAAAGCUAGUGGGACACUACCAGGGAAUUUGUAGAACUCCCAAUAUAUUGUGUGGGGGGGGGGUUAAAAAUGGAUAGUGUAAUUUAUUAUUUUGGACCCAUUAUGUAUGUUCCAGAUUGUGAAGUCAUGCCAAAGUCAUGUUUCAGUCUGCCAUCUUUAAUCCAAAUGGUGCCUGGCAUGCAACCUUUGAUGAAGACCACCACUGCCACAUUGGGAAUAUUCACACCAAGUUUAGUGGGGCUAUGUGUUUGAGAGAGAUGCAGGCAGAAGAAAAAGGCUGGGAUGGAUCUGCAGCUUCUGCUUGCAUUUGGUAGGAGCUGCAGCUCCAGUGCAGAUCCAGUCCAGCCUUUUAAUUCUGCCUGUGUCAUUAAAAAAUGACAACAACCAUUCGGGUGUGCCUGGGCACACCCAGCACACCCCAUGUGCACACUUUUGUGCACACCUUUGUGCCCAUCUGUCAAUAACAAAGUUGUCUCAAAACUUUACUCUCCCCACUAGAAAUCAAUGUGCUGCCUCUCCCAACUGGAUCCAGAUUCAGCUAUAGAUACUCCACUUCGACCAACACAUUCCUUCCAGGAAGGGCCGAAGAAAGGAGUGGCAUUUCCCUUGAAGGCACCGCUGUUGUUGAAGUGCUGGCAAGAUGUCACAGAGUCUUAAAAGUGAGUGUGGUGGCAAGUCCAACAGGGGCACAAAAGGUUUUGUGCUCCUGCUCCAAUUAUAGGAGUGGAAGUUCAGAUUUGGGAAGUUUGAAAACCUGUCAUGAGCGCUGCAGUGCUGUCAAUAUGAGGCUUGGUCCCCAGGCUCCAGUACAAUAGGAAGAGGAAGAAAAAACAUAGGGAGCCUGAUUGGUGGGACCUGGGGUUGGAGGAAGGGGGCUCUCUCCCUUGUUCCUUGCCUUUAGUCACUUCAGAAGAAGGAGCAAUGGCGUUGUCUAUUCCCCCUGACCUCCAAGAGAGCAGAGAAUCUCAAUGGAGGCCAGGGAGUGCUGUGGGCAGCUGAGGGAGGAGGCAGCUCAGGAGUUGGCAGCAACAGAAGGGUGCAGGAUAGUUGCCUAGAACCAGGCCCCACCUCCACAGAUGGGAGCAGCCCCACUCACCUCCAAGGGUUGUGUUUUUACAAUCCCAACAUUCCCAUGAAGUGAAGGAGUGUCACAAGGAAAAUUCAAGGAGAGUUGAGAGCAAUUCGCCCAUCACACAAUACAUUAUUUAUCUCUCUGAACCAUUGAAACACCCUCUUACCUCAUUUCUCCUUGUGAAGAGCUCCAAAUUCCCCCUUCCAUCAGAGAAAGGGCAACACAAUUGGGCCAGUUCUCCUGGUCUCCAGCACCAAAGGUUCAACCAAUCUGCAAAAUCCCAACGUUUCCCCCACACACAACCCUUCUCCCUUGUAGUUAGCCAUACGAUGAAAAGAACCUUUUAACAAGUAUCGUUGCCGUUCCCAGUUGCAGGAUGUCCAGAUCAAGACGACAGCUGGGUCCAAAGACAGGCUGCACAAAGAAAAUGGAAGUUUAAGGUAAAACAAGACUUUGUCAAAAACGAGUCCUCGCUGUGGGAGCAAAAUAACUUGGGAGCAACAUGGCCUAUACAGGAAAGACUGCACCCACCCCCACAGGUGUUAAGAUCAGUAGUUUGGGUGGUUGACCCCAUGAGAAGGUAUUAUCUGUGGCAGCCCCUAAGUUGUGGAACUCCCUCCCCACAGAGAUGCGUCUGGCACAAAAGGUAUUUACAAAUAUCCUGAAUCAACCCAAUAUAGUAUCCUAGGAAGGGCUGGUUUCCUACCAAGCUAGAGUAUCUGAAUGAGUGGGAGAUGUGGUCCAUUGACUUCUCAUGUACAUCAUUUGUAAGCAAGUGGUUAUUUUACAUCAGGGGGGCAGGGACCAAGAAACCUUCCCCUUCCCUAUUUUACAGGGAAGCGCUGGAGCAGCAUCCCCUUUGGUUUUGUUACCAUAAUGGAAAGAUUCUGAAGAUUUUCCCCAAAGGGAGUGAGCCAAUCUGGGCACUCAACAUCAAGCGUGGCAUCCUCAGUGCUCUUCAGACAUCCUUGGUGGCAACGACCAAUGGCAGUGUGGAAGAGGUGAGCAGUUCUGAACAUUCGAAGCUGCCUUGGUCCAGUAUACAGUGGUACCUCAGAUUACAGAUGCUUCAGGUUACAGACGCUUCAGGUUACAGACUCCGUUAACCCAGAAAUAGUACCUCGGGUUAAGAACAGAAAUCACGCGGCGGCAGUGGUAGGCCCCAUUAGCUAAAGUGGUACCACAGGUUAAGAACAGUUUCAGGUUAAGAACGGACCUCCAGAACAAAUUAAGUUCUUAACCCGAGGUACCACUGUAUGCUCCUGGUCUGAAAUAUUGGUGAAUUUUGUACAGUGGAGACUUGUUCAUUAGGGAAAAUGUGCACUGCUCCACCAACUGAAGGGAGCCAGUGUAGUGUAGUAGUUAAGAGCAGUAGACUCGUAAUCUGGGGAACCGGGUUUGCUCCUCCACAUGCAGCUGCUGGGUGACCUUGGGCUAGUCACACUUCUCUGAAGUCUCUCAGCCCCACUCACUCACAGAGUGUUUGUUGUGGGGGAGGAAGGGAAAGGAGAAUGUUAGCCACUUUGAGACUCCUUCGGGUAGUGAUAAAGCGGGAUAUCAAAUCCAAACUCUUCUUCUUCUUCUUCAACCCCAGUCUGCCUUCUGCCAGCCCUCAACUGUUUGCCUUCUUACUUGCAACCCGUCGAGUGGGAGGGGGGCUUUUGCUGUCAACUUGCCCUUCUCCCCCCUUAGUCUAAUUCUUGCCCCUUUUAGAACUACGUAACAUCACAUAGCACCACACUCACAUCCACAUACAUUAACAGAGCAACCCUAACAUGACAUCCACAUAAGACAACACAGGGGGGACGUCUGUUGUUUGAUACAGUUCUAAUUCUGUGAAUUAGCCUAUACAAUGAAAUACAGUAAAUUCAUCCCAUGAAAGUACAAAUUACCAGUCAUUCGUAGCAUUAAGAAAUAAUAGAUAGUUAUGGAACAGACUUAAUUGUUCAUUUAUUGUCCAACCAAGCCAGAAAUAAUUAUUGGGCACCACAUAUAUUGGGUCACAACCAUGACACAUGUCCACCUUUCAUCAUCUACCUGAAUGACCGUCACCAUCAGAGAUGAUAAAAGUAUAGUCUCAAAGGCCAAUGGGAAGCAAUAGUUUCCAAAUGAUUUUAUACUGUGAAGUAAGUGCCCUGUAAUCUUCGGAUGAAGGGCAGUAUACACACACACACACACACACACACACAGCACUAUUACUAUGCAGUUUUCUCUUAUUUCAUUCACAGUCAGACUGGGAUUGGCCAUGAAAUGGAGAUGCUCUUUCGCUCAGAAGUGGGUGAAGCAACAAAUAUAAAUUUUACCAUUAUAGAACGAGUUGGUUUCUACAAACACUCACACACAACUCCCUAUUCUCUGUCCCAGGGGUCAGCAAACAUUUUCAGCAGGGGGCCGGUCCACUGUCCCUCAGACCUUAUGGGGGGCCAGACUAUAUUUUUUGGGGGGAAAUGAACGAAUUCCUAUGCCCCACAAAUAACCCAGAGAUGCAUUUUAAAUAAAAGGACACAUUCUACUCAUGUAAAAACACCAGGCAGGCCCCCACAAAUAACCCAGAGAUACAUUUUAAAUAAAAGGACACAUUCUACUCAUGUAAAAAACACGAUGAUUCCCAGACUGUCCGUGGGCCAGAUUUAGAAGGUGAUUGGGCUGCAUCCGGACCCCGGGCAUUAGUUUGCAUCCCCAUGCUGAGUCUGUCCGGACAAGCACAUCCUAGUCAGGCAAAUGUUGUGGGGGGUUUUGUGGAAAAGCAAGGCCAAUGUAUGUGGGAGGGAGAGUUCCAGGGGCUAAGACACUGCAGACCUAUCUCUCUCCCCCCACCCAAUGCACCUUCUGUUGGGUUGUAGGUUCAAAUUAUCAUGCACUUUGGAGCCCAAUAAAAUAAUUCCCUUUUGUUGUCUUGUGACUGUUGAUUAGGUGGAUGUCCUGGGGAAAUGCCCAACCAGAUAUCAGCAGAAAGGGCCUCUCCUUUUGAAGACGAAAGAUUUAAACCUGUGUUCUCACCGGUUUUCUGGAAUGACUUCUCUGAGGUCCAUUGCUUUGCCCAAUGCACCAGUAAGUACUGUUGAACCUCUUGUUCUUCCACUAUUUCUUUCAAGAAGCUAGCUAUGUUGUUACUCAAGGACUUAUAUGUGUUAAAAACACGAACAACUAUUUAUCAAGAGGCAAUUCACUGUGUUGAGCCUGUAGACACAUGGGGAAUGGUUCAUAUCAAGGUAGGAAUAGAUCAGGCUCUUUUAUUUCUGUGCAAGUUUCACAUAAUGUCCGAUCGUAAGCCUGUCCCAGCCUGUUUUCUAUAAUUCUGUAAAGCUACAUGAAAAAUCUACAUAUAAUAAUAAUAAUAAUAAUAAUAAUAAAUUUUAUUUACACCCUGCCCUCCCCGGCCAGAGCCAGGCUCAGGGCGGCUAACAACAGUAAAAUUACAGUAAAAACAUAGGGGGGGGGGCAAUUUAAAAUACAAGCUAAAAUGCAAUUUAAAUGGUAUGCGCUUUUUUCCUGAAAUGCGUUUCCCUCCACACUUGUGCACACUUUUCAUUUUAAAAUGUACAUUUUCAAACUGAAAUGGCGUCACAACAUUUGGAGGAAUACACAGCUUGUUUGGCCUGAUGUGUAGUAUGCAUUUAAAGCACUGUCAUACCACUUUAAACAGUCAUGGUUUUCACACACACACGCACUCACACACACAAUGAAUCCUGGGAGGUGUAGUUUGUUAAGGGUGCUGAGAGUAUUAGUUGGCCCCUGUUCCCCUCACAGAGCUAAAACUCUUAGAGUGAUUCAACAAUCAAACCCUUUUCACAGGGAAAACCUUGGGAACUGUAGCUAUGUGAUGAGAAAGGGGGUGUCUCCUGACAAGUCUCCACACCCUUAACAAAUGACUUUCCCAAAAUUCUUUGGGAGAAGCCAUGACUGUUUAAAGUGGCAUCAUGGUGCUGUAAAUGUAUGAUGUGAAUGUGGCCUAAGUGGACAUUUGAUCAUCUCUCUAUCCCUAUGUUUUAGCCUGAUCAGCAGCUCAUAUCCUCCAAACUGGAGUGUGUUCAGAAGUUCGAGGAGGGAAUCCUGGCAGAAUCCCAAUGUAUAGAGUCUCAUCUCACUACAUCUCCUGGGAGGAAGGGCAGCGGAGUGAAGACCCAGACUCGGAUGGCAAUGAAACUGUUCCGAACGGAAGCUGAAAUCACAGCACAUGAAAGAGGUUGGUGCCUGACCCUGUUACCAUGUUUAUUUGCCCCAUCCCCAAGCCAAGUGACCUCUCUUCUCUGCAGGUUGAUCAUCUAAAGAGCAAAGAGGGUGUGAUUUUCAUUCCCAUCAUGACCUUGGGUUGGGUAGAGAGGGAGGAAAAUCACAGCUUCGUGUGUGUGUGUGUGUGUGUGUGUGUGUGGCAUGUCCACUUUUGUGCCAGCACCAAUCACUGGCAUGUGACACACACACACACACACACAGAGAGAGUGUGGCUCUGGGGUUGAAAAUGUUUACCCACCCUGGAUUAGGGAAUGCCUCUAAGCAAUGACAAGUUAAUAAAAAGUCUUUUUGAACUGCCCUUGCUUGGGAUAUAAGACUCAUUUUACCCCACUCAACCUACUCAAGUCACACUUCUGUAAACAAUGCGCAAAGUAAAACACAGCCAUUCUUUGAAAUUUGCACUUUUCUGAAUUUUGCAAUGCUGUUGUUCUCCAGCCAAGUCAUGUCUACAGAAAAGCAUAUCCUUGGAUAAAGCAUGUGUAGAAGUGCAUACAUUAAAGGGGUGGGUGGGAAAUCACAGUUUUGUAUUUUAGAUUAGCAGAAAUUUGCACUAAAGGGAUGGUAAAUUGUCAAUAUUCCCAAAUGCUAACAAAAAAUAAUAAUGUGUAUGGUAAUGUAAUAUAUUGCAAAUCAUGAUGGGAAGGGAGGAAGCUGAGAGCUGAGCUGCCUUUCUGGUGGUUUUCCUAAGGCCACAGAAUGAUGACUAUGUGUUUCAAUUGUUCCCCAUUGCCUGGUUUUACUUCUGCAGUAGACACCAAAGAUAUCUAUGAGAGCAGCCUGUUAUAUGAAAGGGAAAAAACAGCACGAUGGCUGGGAAAGGAGGAUGAGGUGGUGGUGGUCUCCAAAAUACUACAGAAGCUUUGUAUGAAUCCUAGAGCGGAUUCCGAGGCAAGUUAUUAUAUAUAUUUUUUGUCAUGGUUAUUGGUUAUUGCUGGUGUUGAAAAAGUGGCACUUGCAUGUGAGAAAUGGAAUUCUUGCGCUCUUCCUCUGCCCCUGCCCCUCCCCCAAAAAGAUUGAUAGCCUUGUCGUCCAAUAAUUUGCACAAGCCUCUUUUAAAGCCAUCAUGUAUUAUGGCAUUAGCUUUCAUGAACCGGAAUCUAGUUGCAGACAAAUUGUAUUUGUGUUUGGGUUGAGGGUGUCAUGUGAAUCAGCCCUGUAUUGGCUCCAAAGGGCCCAAGAUAAAUAUGUGCUUUCCAUCAAUGCUCUAUGUGUCCCUGGGUUGAGAGGUCACUGUUAGAGACCAUAGCUCCAAUCAGAAAAACAGAUUCAGGGUCACUUGUGCUGAGUUACAUUCCCUCCUGGCCUGUUAUCCGAUGAACAUUCUUUUGUUAGCCCAGCCUCUGAGAGCUAUUGUCACUGGUAACAAAAAAGGUUUUGUCUAAGUUCUUUUGUGUUUAUUUUAUUUCCUACCUUAACCAUAAAAGGCACUCCUCAAAGCUGUUUUACAUAUGCUGGAGUUGAAUGCUUUGGAGAGUAUUUUUGAAAUUUAUUAAUAAGGCAACUAAAUACACAAACACACCCUUUCUCACACUCGGCAAUCACCCUAACCCAACAGCCCACUGAGCGCAGAUGUAGAUACAGGUUGUAGCCAAGCAGAAACGUGUGAACAUAAAAUAAAAAUGACAACAUGUCCUAUACAAUUAGUAAACUUACAUGAAUAACAGGAUAUUUAGUCUCUAGGGAGCCCAUGUGACUUUGUCUAGAUUGAGCAGCCUUCACUACUCAAAUUUAGGUGUAUUAAACAUUAUAGACCUGUCCAAACCAGACCCUCUCUCUCUCUCUCUCUCUCUCUCUCUCUCUCUCUCUCUCUCACACACACACACACACACACACCCAAGGUAGCAUUUGCCACUGAAGGCUUCUCUAACUACAUUUGCCUUGGUGAUUCAUACAGUCUACAGCAGGGGUCAGCAAACUUGUUCAGGAGGGGGCCGGUCCACUGUCCCUCAGACCUUGUGGGGGGCUGGACCCACCACCUCCCAAAAGCCCCCCCCCAUGCCACUAACGCCACAACCGCCUAUGCUGCCUUGUCUUUGGCAGAGUCGACAUCCUCUGUCUCGGGGGCAGAGAGCCCAAGCCGCUGGCCUGGGCGGCAGAGGCAGCCUCCAUGCCACUGCCGCUUCCUUCCUGCUUGGCCGUUUCCUCCCACUUGGCCACCUUAGCGGGAAGGAAGGGGCAGCGCCCAGAGGCGUCUGUGGCUUCUGAUUGGCUGCAGGAGCUUCCUGCAGCCAAUCAAAAACUGUGCCGCGUCACGGAAGUCAGUCUCCGCAUGGUGAGGCUUCUGCGCUGCGCCUGUUUAGCUCAGGGACUGACCGAGUGGGCAGCAGGGUCCGCAAGGUUUGUGGGCUGGAUUAACAAGCCCGGUGGGCCGUAUCCAGCCUGCGGGCCUUAGUUUGACGACCUCUGGUCUACGGUGUAGCAUAGAGUGAAUGGUGCCCUCAAUCUAUUACAGGCAUAGGCAAACUUGGCCCUCCAGAUGUUUUGGGACUACAACUCCCACCAUCCCUAGCUAACAGGACCAGUGGUCAGGGAUGAUAGGAAUUGUAGUCUCAAAACAUAUGGAGGGCUGCGUUUGCCUAUGCCUGCUCUAUUAACUACCACAUGCACAGAAGCACCAAUCUGGACAGUGUUAUCUGUACAUAGCCUGAGAAAUUUAACACAAUGCCACAUCCAAAUGUGCAUUGUUUACACUUAUCCUUUACUGUGUUAUUCAUUUUCAUCAUUUUUCUUGUUCCUUUUUUUGAGGUUUGCAACUGUUUUCUCUACUAACGUAACAAAAUGAAGGAAAAACAGAUGUUAUUUUUUUAAAAAUACACAACAAAGGUCACUGCUCGUUUUGUAACCGAGGACGCGGAAUUGAGUUGUUGUUUUUAAUGGCAGUUUUAUUUCAAUGUGGUUGAACAGGUCACAUUCUUACGGGCCGCACUUAUUCAGUGAUUCCUGCAUUUCAGCAGAUUGGAUUAGGUGACCCUUUUGGGGUGCCUUCCAACAACUCUAUGAGUUUCCUUAUUCACCUGUAGAGAAAGCUGGCCAGCCAAAUAAAUCAAACAGCAACAAAGUGGACGGAAACCCAAACUGUCUGCCUGCACAGUGGCUUUCAUUCUGGAGAACUGUCAACCCAUCAGACCAUCCAUCUUUGAAACAGAAUUUCCCCAUCCCCACCCCCACCCCUCCUUUUCUCCCCUUUUGGACAGCUUCUUCCUUCCCACUUCCCGCCCUGCCUGGACACUUCUGCCCCCUUAAUGCCCCAUUGCUUAAUCUGCAUUUAAAUCCAAUCCCUUCGCACAAUGGCAUUGGAAAUAACUCUCUAAGGCUCCCUGGUGAGUGGCGUGCUUUCCCUCCUCUCCUCUGAAUGAGAAUCGGGGAGCUUCUCCCCCCCGCCCCGCCCCCGGCAUUUAUCCCUGGUUUUUUGUCGCCUGAAUGUAGCGCAUAAUCUUGCCCCCAUUCAAAGCCAAAACAAUGCAAGGGACAAAUAAGGCUAUCCGUGGCUAGUAAGGAUGUGUUUUCCCAGGCUGUGCUGUGGACAUUUCCCAUCAGCCUCUUCCUGGACCAGGGGUCUUUAAAAAGAUGGUUGGAGAGAAGGAGAUAGGAAUGAAGGAAAGGGGGGUGGAUGGGUUGGAGCCGACACCAUAAUAUGGGGGGGGGGGGACAUGCUCUUAGCACUGAAAACAGCAGAUAGCCUGUUCAGGACCGAAACAGGCACGCUAUGAAUAAUUUGCCUCUCUUUAAAGGCAUGCACAAAUUACCAUAUGAAGACUAGCAACGGUGCCUUCCAAAAUCUAAAUGACACCCAGUUGAUACAGGGAAAGGUAAUUCUGUCUGUUCCUUCAAGGAGACAAAAGGACACAUCAGCAACUAAGAGAAGAGCUGUAGCUCAGCAAGAGAGCAAAGGAUGCAGGGGAAAUUCAUUUCUGAUCUCAUUGAAAGGCCGACCCACCUGAUCUGCAGUUUCCGAAACAAUGCGUAAACCAAAACUGAGCCAUCCUUUGGCAUUGGAACAGUCUCUGAAUUUUGCACUGCAAUUCUCCAUCUGUGCAAUGUCUGCCAAAUACACAAGGGGAGAGUGUGCAUAAUUAUAUUGCAUGUCAGUGAGAAAGCCCAUUUUGUAAGCAUUUUUAUGACUGCAUUUUAUUAGGGGAAACUGUUCUGCAAAAAUGUGUACAUUAGGAGAAGUUGGCACACUAAGGUGCUUUUGAAUUUACAGGAGGACUUUUUAAAGCAAUAAACUGAUAUGGAUACUUAAGACUUGAGACAUGGAGAGAAUAAAAAAUGGACAGGUUUGCCCAUCCCUCAAUAGAGUGCAGGCUUGGCAAAAAAUGUUACCAGGUUAAAUCCCUGGCAUGCCCAGGUAGGGCUGGAAAAGACCCAGAAGUCAGAUUCAGGAGGGAAGGCAGAUUCUUCUUUAAAUGCAAACUGAACUGACUUUCCCCCACAUGCCUAGUUCUAUAUCUCCUUGCGUUCCUUUGGGGGAUAUUCAUAAACAUCGUAUAGAAAUAAAUAAGAUGGCAUCCUCUCCUCCUUUUCCAUUUUACUUUUAACAAGAUUUGCAAAUACAAAAAAAGCCCAACAACAAAAACUGUCAUAAAGGCAAAGAGAAUAAAAAUGCAAGACGAAAAAGAGCUAGCAAAAAAAAGAAGAAAAAAACAUGCAAAAUAUAUUCCCUGGUGGUUCAUAUUCACACAAAAUACAUCAAGUCUUCAUAAAUGUGCCAGAUAAAAUCGUAUUUAGUAGGAAUGUGCCAACCAUGAGAUUAUUUGGUGUUAUAAAUCACAAACAACUUCCCAAACAGAUUCAAAGUAUGAAGAGUCUGUGUUGCCCCUGAAAGCACAUGGGCCAGCUUUUCAUAGAUGGCAAUAAACAUGACUUUUCAAAGCCAUACAUCCAAAGAGUAGCAAUUAUUAUUAUUCUAUCCUUGAGAGAUCACAAAAUAGGUGGUGAUCAGCAGACGUAAAAUUACUUGUUGACUAAUAAAAGCUGCAGUAGCACCAUCAAAAAUGGGUAGAGUCCAAAGUGACCUGUUUACCUGUAAUAAUACUAAUUUCGGAUACAACCCCUCGUAUCUUACAAUCCUGAGAGAGUAUAAGAGGGGGAAAGAAACAGUGCAAUAUGAGCUAGUCAGACUAGGGUUAAAAAUCAGUACUGGAGCCAACAUUUUCCAUGCAGACUCUUUUCAAUACUGGCAAACAUCUGGGACACAGAGCCAGUCCUGGCGCAGCUCAAUUGAUCAAGGGCAUUUUUUCUUUUUUGCAUUAUUAUUUUUUGACAAAACAUAUAUACAAAUAAAAAUCGUAUAAACACAAAAAUCCACAUCAGUACCAUAACACCAAUUGCUAUGCAACAACAAGCAGUCAAUCUCUUUUGUAUCAUACAGUAAACAUCUUCAGCAAAAUAGUCUCCCUUGUGCAAUAGACAAAUAAUUCAAAACCAAUAUAUUGCUUUGGUCUCUUUUAGGAUUGUUUACGAUUAAAUAAAUUCAAUCUGGCUUCAAAGCACUCCGAACAAAAAGCGUGGUUUCGUAUUUUCCUGUACUUUGUUCUCCCCAAUAGAUAAUAAAAGUGAGCCAUAUUUAGGUUGCCAUAUUUGAAAAAGUAAAAACCAGGAAACCCCAAAAUUGUUGAGUGUUUUUAAGGAAACCACCAAAAUUGUUGAGCCUUUUAAAGGAAAACCCCAAAGUUAUUGAGCUUUAUUUAGACAAACCCCAAAGUUGUUUAGCUUUUUAAAGUAAAAGCUACAAGAAUUUUUGAGCUCAGGAGCUUUUUAAAAGCAUUUUGGGCACGAUUUAACCCCUAGUAAAUUUUCCAGGACGUUUGCCAGAUUUCCGAAAAAUAAUCAAUGCAAUUUUUGGAGGUGAAUUCUAGGACAUGUCCUGGAUAAUCAGGACAUAUGGCAGCCCUACCAUAUUUCAACAGAAGCAUCUCUCUUUUUUUCAUUGAGUCAAAAAAUUCUGAACCAAUUGGUCUGAUUUGAUCAGCUCAAGUUCAAAAGUGGGAAAGCGCUGGGUUCCUGACCCUCAAGCUUUGCAAAAUGCUGUACGAUCCCAGGGGUAUUAAGUGUGUUCCUACCAAAGGCAGGCCUCUUCAGUAAACACCCUGCUCGCUUACAAAACGCCUCAGUGUUUGUGGAAAAGGAGCGUUCAGGAGUGGUUUCCAAGAACAACAAAAUUGCGGGUAUGAUCUGCAGCCAGCUCUGGAUGAGGUCUGCCAAGAGUUUUCCACGUGCCCCCCCCAUUUUAAAAUAAAUAAAUGAAUGAAUAAAAGAAGCCGACUCUUUGUGUAAGGUAGUAAAGGAACACCUUCCCGGCUUAAUCACUUCAGGAAGACUUUUUAAAGCACUUUCCUGUUUUUCGCUACUCCGACAGCACAAGCCUACAGAGUGGUCCCAUCAGGGUAGGAACUGGGGGGCAGAUGUCAAGGGCCCCAUUCAGUAGAACAAGCUGGUGGGCCCCCAAAUACAACAAGGCUGCCUAACCACAAUUUUAAGUGAGUGAAAUAAUACCCACAGCCAUCCAAGAAACCCCAUCCACCUUUAAUGUGAAUCCAUCUCACUUCUGAUUAAUUUGAAUGCACCCAAUGGCGGGUCCCCUCUCCACUGGGAACUAUCCAUGGUGCUGACUCAUGGACCAGCCCACCUAGAUUAUUGCCAUACCCAGUUCAGGACACCCUUGGGGAUCCCAGCUUGGAAUGGGAGAGUUUCCAACCAAACACACAUCUGGGCUUCCACCCCAAGCAGGGCCUGAUAAAUCCUUCAAGAAACAAGGGGAAAUCCAGUGCUGCCAAAAACUCUUUGACUUAUGCUUCCAGUUUUGAAGAACACUGGUUCCAGUCUUCUUAAGGCUUCACCCUUAAAAGCAACUAAAGAUAACUGGUGCAAUUGGUUCAUUGAUCGCUUGUACUUUCAUAGAGGGAUGCGGGUGGUGCUGUGGGUUAAACAACAGAGCCUAGGACUUGCCGAUCAGAAGGUCAGCAGUUCGAAUCCCCAUGACGGGGUGAGCUCCUGUUGCUCGGUCCCUGCUCCUGCCAACCUAGCAGUUCGAAAGCAUGUCAAAGUGCAAGUAGAUAACUAGGUACCGCUCCAGCGGCAAGGUAAAUGGCGUUUCCGUGCGCUGCUCUGGUUUGCCAGAAGUGGCUUAGUCAUUCUGGCCCCAUGACCCAGAAGCUGUACGCCGGCUCCCUCGGCCAAUAAAGCGAGAUGAGCACCACAGCCCCAGAGUCAGCCACGACUGGACCUAAUGGUCAGGAGUCCCUUUACCUUUACCUUACUUUCAUAGGUGUGGUUCUAUGAAAUCAAAGAGAAUUGCUUGUAUCUCAUAUCUGAAGAUUAGGGAUGGGGAAGAAAUUUGAUUCAGUAUGCAUUUAAAGGUGAGACUAUUUCCUUCGCAAAACAGUAAACAAACAGAAACACAGCCGUCAUUCAAAAUUCACACUUCUCCAAAUUUCUGCAAAGCAAUUCUGCAGCCAGAUAAUGUGUACAAAAGUGGAUAUGCUGGGAGGCAAUGCAUAUGUUAGUGAAAACAACUUACAAAAAUGCAUUAUUAUCCUGGCAAAUGCACUAUUACAAGCGAAGUAUUUUAAUAACAGCAACAAGCUGUGACUUGGGGGGUUGAAAGUCUUCUUAUCAUGUUCCUUUGCUUGCACAGUCUUGCAAACAAUUUGGUAAAUUUCCUCCAAAAUGAAGAACUUACACCAGCUUCCUGACGUUUUAAUCACUUUAUCAGGAGAAUCUUUGAUGAAGUCACAUGUCAUCUCUUUGCUUCUCCUCCACAAUGAGAUACUUUUCUUCUUUUAUCUUUUAUCUCCUUUUAUUUUGCACUUCCACCAAGGAUUCUCUUACACCUUGCAGUUGUAAUUAUAAAUUAUAUUAAUGGCUUUUUAAACGUGUUUGUGGGCGAGGGGUUAUCGGUUUGUUUUUUAUUUUGUUUCAUUUUGUAAUUUGUCUUCUCAUUUUGCAUUUUUCUGCCCUGAGAUCUUCAGAUGAAGAGCAGUAUACAAAUUUAAUAAGCACAAUUGUUGUCGUUGUUUUGGAAGAAUGCAUUAAAAAUGUGCGUGUCGGGAGAAAUUUGCCUUAAAAUGCUGGUGAAUUUUCAUGAAAACACACACAUCCCCUCUAUGCAAGUGGAUGUGGAAAUGCGAAUUAAAAAUAAGAAACAGAGAAACCAAAGCUUGACAGAUCUGCCCAUUCCCACUGAAAUGGGAAGUGAGAGCAAGCAAUUUGACUGCACUUUGCUAACAUCCUUGCCAGGGCAUCAGGGGUGGGUGGGAGGAAGUUACACUUGAACAGAAUUCCUUAUACAUAUACGUGCAGUUCUAGAUUCAUUUUUCUGGUCUCAUUUCCAACGCUGCCUACGCUGCGUCACUUAGAAGCACUAGCAUCUGGCAGUCAAUAAAUAGCGAUCUUUGAAGGGAAUAAGUGCUUCUGUUUAAUAUCAACCAAUAUCCUUUUUAUCAGGAAAUAAGCCAGAAGCACCUCUUCAAUUAGUCCUUUCUUUCAUCCCACGGCCUUCCCAAUGUCAAAUGCAAGUCUUUUAGAUGGCUGCUUCCCUCCAGGGAGUAGCUGGGUGGAUUGCAGCAUUUAGACUUUGGAUGGAAUUACAAAGGUUCCACAGGCCAAGGAAGAGGAAAAAUAAAUAUUUAGGGUAGUAAGUAGGUUUCCCACCCACUCACCCCAAUUAUUUUUUAUUAGUAAAAGAGAAUGAUUAGAAGAAUCUACUGUAAGAUGCUACCUUUAAAAUCCCCCAAAGCAUUAGGACUGAGAACAGAGACCAGGUUUCUUUUUAAAAAAAUAUUUUUUAUUAAGCAAUUUCAACAGAACAAAUUAUCAGUCCAAAUAAUAAAUUACAUUAUUUCCCCCAUUUCAUUCCUCCCCAUCCCUCCCUCUCCCCCCCCCACCUGAGACUCUCUUCUCUGAUUUAUUUGCACAUAUUAUUCUCUGCAUGUUAAAAAUUGUACAUAUCAUUGCCUUAUCUAUCAUUUAUUCAAUUAAUAAAUUUGUGGAUGUUUAUUCAAAACCUGCCAAGGAGUCCAAGUCAUUUUGUUGUUUUUUAAAGUAAUUUGUAAAAAGUUCCCAAUCUUCCUUGAAGUCACGAUUGUCCUUCUCCUGUAAUUUAUGUGUCAACUUUGCCAACUCUGCAUAACUCUUCCAUUUUUCUUGCCAUUGUUCUUUCAUUGGGAUUUCCUCCUUCUUCCAUCCUUGUGCUAACAAGACUCUUGCCGCUGUUGUAGCAAGAGACCAGGGGGGUUUUCUUUGCAUUCAACUUGUUGGGGUUUCGGUGGUUAUGUUGGUUGCAUGUCUGGAAGGCCAUAUUCUUGUUCUUCAAUUGCUUUCCGUGUUCAAAAGUAUUUCAGGAAGAAACCCUCUUGCUUUGCAUGCUUCUUAGCUUUUUCCACAUUUCAUUUGUGGUACUGAGCUCCAGAUGGUAGUUAUUUGACUGUCUACUUAGUCGCUUAUUAUACAAAGGCAUGUGGCUUACAAUACAUUUAAAAGUAUAAACAUUAAUACAGUCUACCAUUUUUAAUCAUACAAAACACCUACCAAUCACUAUAUACAUUCCUGCUUUGCAGGGGCUUAGACUGGAUGACCCUUGGGGUCCUUUCCAACCUAACAAUUCUAUUAUUUAUGUUGUUGUUGUUUUAAUAGUCUGCCCUUCACCUCAAGGUUCUAGGGUGAGCCACAACAAUUUAAAAUAUAUAAAAAAUUACAACAAAUUACAAUCACAAGAUUAGGUGGACCAUAGAAAUAUAUAUCCCAAUAUAUACAAUAGGCACACCACAACACAACCUCCUAUAACUGGAUGCAUACUAGUAGCAAAACAACAUCUUGGUCUAUCGAAAGCUAUGCCCCUCCGACUCAGACAAGAUGAAAAUCCAUGCAUGAUGGGGGCAGGGGAAUCAUAAUUCACCUUGGAGUCCACUGUAAACAAUUGAACACUUUUGCAGGAUUUGAAUAACACUUAUAGUGUAACAAGAACUAGGGUUAUAUGGGAUACUUAAAAAAUGGGAGUGACUUUAAAUAUGCAGCGGAAAAGGACUAGAGAUGGAACCCACGAAAGGGUGGGAGGAAGUCCAGAGAUUCGGGUGAAACUUUGUUUGUUGUUGUUGUUUAGUUGUUUAGUCGUGUCUGACUCUUCAUGACCCGAUGGACCAGAGCACGCCAGGCACUCCUGUCUUCCACUGCCUCCCGCAGUUUGGUCAAACUCAUGCUGGUAGCUUUGAGAACACUAUCCAACCAUCUCGUCCUCUGCCGUCCCCUUCUCCUUGUGCCCUCCAUCUUUCCAGGGUCUUUUCCAGGGAGUCUUCUCUUCUCAUGAGGUGACCAAAGUAUUGGAGCCUCAGCUUCAGGAUCUGUCCUUCCAGUGAGCACUCAGGGCUGAUUUCCUUAAGAAUGGAUAGGUUUGAUCUUCUUGCAGCCCAUGGGACUCUCAAGAGUCUCCUCCAGCACCAUAAUUCUUUGUUUACUUACCUUUUUUUUACUUAAGACUUUGAAUGUAGCCUUUAAUUUGUAAAACCAAAUAAAAUUAUAUAAGAAAAUCCAUGCCACCAUCUCCGGCAGAGAUCCUGAAAGCUUUGGUGAUGGUUUCGGAGCUGAAGACAACCAGUUCAGUUGAUCAGACAUGUGAAGCAGAUUUCUGUCCUCCUUUCCUUCUAGUCUGCCAACCUGUUCAUGGCAUUGGUGUUUGAACUUCGGCUUCUCUCUGCUGGUGCCUUGCUGAGCCUGUGGCAGGGAUCUUCAUCGAAGUGUCAAGGCAACUGGUAAGACAGCUUCAAAAUGGCCGUUUGGUCUGGGUAGAUUUGCCAGCUCUGAACUCCAAAAGCUUUUCUGCCCCUUUCACCCAGGCUGUCCAUCCCUGGUGCCCUCCAGUUGACUACAACUCGUACCACCCCUGUGUAUUUAGUAUUUUGUGUUGCCUGAGGCAGUCAUUUAUCCAUUGGCAAAAAGAAGAUCUAAGAAGGGACACAGAACUGCAUAUGAUUUACACAGCCAUCAAGACUCUGGUGAUCUUUCAGUGUUGAUGGAUUGCAACUCCCAUCAGCUCCAGUCCACAUGACCAAUGGCCAGGAGGGAUGAGGCUUGCCCUCCAGAUGUUUGUGGACUACACUAGGUUGCUGAAAAUUGGCCUGAAAAAUUAUUCAUCCACUCAACAUCCAAGCUGUGAAGGAGUGGUUGAAGAACAGCAGCAGCAAGAGUUGUGACAUUCUCAAGGAAGAACCAUGAUCAUUCCGUGGGACCCACCCACCUUAGAGAUUUCAGGAAGAAGAUAACAGCCAAUGGGAUUUGUUCAGCUAACUUUUAUUCAGAGUAAACCCAUUGGAAUUAAGGGUUGUGAUGUUCUUAGGUCCACUAAUCUCAAUGUGUCUACUCUGAUUAAAAGUUAAUUGAAUGCAACUCAAUGUUUCUGCAACUAGCAGCAAAAACAGCUACUUCAAAACUAUAUAUUUAUUUCCAUCCUGUAGCUCAGUCAUAGAGCAUCUGCAAAAGCUCCAGGUUCAAUCCCUGGUAUCUCCAAGUAGGGCUGGUAGAAACGUUUGCAUGAAACCCUGGAGAGCUGCUGCCAGUCUGUGUGCGCAGUACUGAUCUAGAUAGACCAAUGGUGGGGACUCAUUAUAAGGCAACUUUCAACGUUCCUCUUGGGUCAAAUCAGAUAUGCUUUUCUUUUUGGGUUCCUUUCAGGCAACCUCUAGUGGAUGCUCUCCCCUCCUGCGCCACCGAAGCCUGUGUGGUCCUGAUGAAAGAGAUGAUCGUCUCUGAAGAAGUAGACGAGGACAAGAUGGAAUCAUUCCUUUGGUCCCUCUCCUUCAUCCCUGAGCCUACUGCAGGCACGAUUGAUGCUCUGGCUGUAAGCACGGAAGUGAAAUUUAGCUGAGUCAAAUUGGAUAGCUCAGUCUGUAGAGCAUGAGACUCUUAGUCCCAGGGUUGCAGGUUUGAGCCCUACAUAGGGUGAAAGAUUCCUGCAUUCCCUUGUGACCCCUUCCAGCUCUACAAUUCUGUGAUUCUAUGAAUCGUCCCUAUUUCUGUAGAAGCACCGUAUACAUGUGUAUGGAAUGGGGCAUACACCCUUGGCUAUGGUCUUGGAAUUUGGGUGGAUAACUGAAGAUAGGGAUGGGGAAGAAAUAUAGUUAUGUUUGCAUUUAAAGGUGGACCGAUUUAAUUCACACUUGGCUGGAGUUCUGAAGAGCAGCGCUUCGCCCUGCAGCAUUUUGUUGCAGUUCCCAUUGGUUGGUUGUCAUGAUGGAUUGUCACAGAUGUGCAUGGCACCUUAUACAAGGUGCAAGUGUAGGGAUGGGGAAGAAACCAAAUCCACCUUCACAUUUAAAGGUGAACCUCCCUGAUUUGCACAUUCUGAAACAAUAUGCAUACCAAAACGAAGCCAUCUUUUGAAAUUCACACUUCUCCAAAUUUUGAAGUGCGUUUCUCCAGCUAUAUCCUAUCUACAGAAAUGCAUAUCCUUGUGUAAGGUGUGCAUAGAAAUUCACACAUUAGUGAAAGCAGCAUACAACAAAGGAUUGUAUUGGGGGCAGCAUUUUGUAAAAAUGUGUACAUUAGAGGCAAAAUCCCAUGCAAAAGUUGUGUAUAUUAUGAGAAAUUCGCACUAAAACACUGAUGGAUUUCCAUGAGAAUUUUUUUAAAUGUACAAACUGCUGUGGAAAUGUGGGGAACUGAACUCUCAAGCUUUGAAAAAUGAGAAGUGGAGAGAAAACCAAAAAGGACAGCUUCAGCCAUGUAGUCUGGCUGAUGUGUGAUGGGUCGCCAAUACUGUAGGUUCUCACUCCCAAUUACUUAACAGCAAUAACAGAUUCAGCUGCUGAGAUGAAGACAGGUCUGGGGAGAAAACAGGAGUGGAUAUUGUGUGAUGGGACAGUGGACCUGAGUCCUUCUUUCAUAAUGAAAUUCUUGAGCUAGGUGUGAAGCACCAUCUUCCUUCAUUCUACAUUGUUCCCUGAGCCAUUAUUUCAUACCUGGAUCCAGUCGGUGGACCUUGAGUUUUGAAUUAAAGUAGAUUUCACAAGCCUGAAGUCUGCCCAUCCCUGAUUUACUGUAAUCACAAACCUGUGUUUAUACAUAUUUCCAGCCUCUGCUACAGUCACCACGAAGGAGACAGAGUGCCUUUUUAGGAAUAACUGCCCUGAUAAAUCACUUCUGUUCCACGAGAAAUGACUGUGACCAUGAGCCUGCCGUUGGGGGCAUUAUGAGGAUUCUGGAGGGACACCUGGGGAGAAAAUGUACCUUGAAUGAGUCAGUAGGUAUCAGCCAGGUAGGUGAUUCCAAAGCAACUUGAAAGAUCAAUUUCUGUUUUCACUAUAUCAGCAUGUCUUAGUGGAACUGAAACGUCACCUAUUGAAAAUAGAUGAAUAUUCAGAUUUUGAAGUUCCGUCUUGGAUAGCAGCCAUGAUAAGCCAUGGCCUCCUACAGGGCUCAUGUUCUUCAUUCUUCCGCUCAUCCUCCAGCAUCUCUGUCCCGAUGACUUUCAAGGUUUCCCCUUGCAUUCUUAACUGCUGCUUGCAGCAUCAUCCAAACCCAACAAACUCUGGUUAAUUUUAACUAUGGUUUGUUGGAAAGAAGCCAACUUCAAACCACAGUGUAUGAAGCUGGCUUGUUACAAUAAACUGUAGGCAAGAUUAGACACAGUUUAGGGUUCAGGUGUACAAUUAAACUGCAGCUAAUUGAAAUUGGGGAACCCAUGGUUUACCACAACAGUUUUAGCUAUGCAAUGCUCUGAUCUGCUUAGGGAGAGAGAGGGUGAUAUAAAUGAUUUUUUAAAAGAAGGCACUUUAUGUCAACUUCAUUUUGAAUUUUCAGGGGGAACUAAUUUUAAAAGCAAUUGGAAAUGCAGGACUUGCAGCAGCACGUCUUGUACCGGUCCUGAGUUCCUGUGCGAUGCUGAAAAGCAACCCUACAGAAAUCCGACUGGCUGCCAUAGAGGCCUUCCGACGUGUUCCUUGUGCAGCCAACGUAGGUGGCGUGCAGUUGGCUUUCCUGUGCUAUUUUUGGCCUCUGUAUCAUGGUAAAAUAAGAUGUACGCAAUGUGGCUGAGAACCAGGUUGGGGCAGCAAGUCAAGAGGGAUGGUGGUAGGUGGGUCCUAAAACGCACACAUCUCAGGUGUCAAAGGCCAAGGUAAAGAGGUUCAUCUUCAGCAUUCACCAAACUUAGGGGCUGCCACAGAGAAGGCCCUUUCCCAGAGGAACUGAACUGUUUCUUUUGCUUGCUUGCUUCCUUUUUAGCAUGCUACAUUAGUCCGUCUGUAUCAAGCCUACAAUGAGGAUGUAGAAAUAAGAAUAGCUUCUUAUCUCAUGGCCAUGAAAUGUCCAAGUGAACAAUUAUUUCACCAAGUUAAAUGGACUUUGCAGGAGGAGAAAUCCAGCCAAGGUAAGGUGCAACCAUUGAAAUAUUGAGCCUCAGCCUGAUCACAGCUACCCAAGGGAAUUCUGAGAAGGGUUUUUCUUGUGUACUUUAUUGAAAAUGAGGGGCAAUUCGGGUGAGGGAUCCUGUCUGUUUCCCCCUAGCUUCCUGCACUGACUCUCUCCUUGCUGGCCCAGAGUUGUAGCAACAAGGAACUACAGUGGUACCUUGGUUCCUGAAUGGCUUGGCUCUCAAACAAAUCAGCUCCUGAAUGCCGCAAACCCAGAAGUAAGUGUUCCGGUUUGUGAACCUUUUCCGGAAGCUGAACAUCCAACGCGGCUUCCUUGGCUUCUGAUUGGCUUCAGGAAGCUCCUGCAGCCAAUCAGAAGCCACACCUUGAUUUUCGAAUGGUUUCGGGAGUCGAAUGGACUCCCGGAAUGGAUUAAGUUCAAGAACCAAGGUAGCACUGUACGUAAUUAAAUGAAUUAGCAGUGCUUCAACAGAAGCAGGAUGGCAGAGAGGGUAAGCUCUGCGUGUGCAAGGUCAGACGGAAGAGGUGAAAAAAAGGACAGAGGCCUAGAUGGCUUCAUGCAUCCAGUAAUCCACUGAACACAACAACUCGUACUGCUGGCCCCUGAACUCUGGGUCGAUGGUGGAGUUCAGAUCUUGAUUACUACAUCUAAUAGAAAACUCAGGUGGUGAGUACUAAUAGAUAUGUAGUCCAGCUGGAACUAAUAAGGAACAAAAGGAAGGUAUAGGCGUGCCCAGAGUAACUCUGAGGUUUGCAAAAGUAAAAAAUAAAAUAAAAAUAGCCCACCCCUGGGCGGCAGGGGAAGCAGCAGCCCAAUGAGAGCUGAGCAUGCCCAGUAGCCAUUGGAUGUUGAGAACCACUUGGAGAAGAAAAAUGGAAAGAGGGAGUGUAUGACGUGGCCUCCCUGGAGGAGGGUGAAGUGGAACCUUCAAAAGGAGAGGGAAGGGCCAUAGCUCAGUGGGUCAGGCAUCUGCUUUGGCAUGCAGAAGGUUGCGGGUUCAAUGCAAUGCUAAGCUGGAUGGAACAAUGGUAGGAUUCAGUAUAAUGAUUCAGCAGCUUCCUGGUUUCCUAACUCUUAUUAGGAUCUGAGAAUACAUUGCAGGUUUUGCUUAUGUCUCCCUAAACCAAACCUGUUCUUUAGGUUUACACCUGUCUCUUAUUUGAUUUUAAGUGGGUUCCUUUGUCUGGCGUCACCUCUCUGAACUUCUGGAAACAGAUGACCCACUGAAGCAGCAUCUUAAAAAUUCCCUUCCUAAUGACAUCAUUGACAAAGAAUUUGAGGGGGAGACAUGGAAGUUUUCUUCAUAUUCAGAUGUUACCUUCCACUCAGGUAGGUUUUUAAACAUCUGUACCUUAUGGACUUCACAAUGAAUGAGUGAUCAAUGACGCCUUCAAUUUUAACUUUAUAGAUCAGACCACAAGCAUUUGGAUGAACGAUAAUCCCCAGAUCCUCUCAUUUUGAAAAAUAUUAGGUUUCUAGCAUUUAUAGAACCUAAGAUAUAGGGCAAAAUUACAAAUUAUUCUCAUUUCUAAAUUUAAUUUAAUUCAUUCAUUUAUUUAACUCAUGCAUCCAUUUAUUUAUGAGUAUUGAUAAACCCAUUCAUAUUUUUAAAACAUUUCUAAGCAGUGUACAAUGUUGUUGUUAAUGGUACAACCUAAAACCAAUAUAAAAGCAUAUAAAACAGGAAUUUGCAGAUACAAAUACAUCAAAUAGGAUCAGGGAAAGCCUGGACAAAAAGAUAUUUGUGAGAAAUCAUCCUCUUUUUUUACUUUAACCCCUCCCCACAAAAAAAAAUAUCUGUGGAUGCCCACUGUUAUAGAUCAGCGCAGUAUAUUCCUAGAUCAAACAUAAGGGCACAGCACUAUACAUUUAAAUAAGUGGUAUACCACUUCAAACAGUCAUAGCUUCCCCCACCCCAAAGAUUCGGCUUAUCUUUUCCCUUUCAGUGAAGUAACCAGAAGCUUCCCAGAGUUCUGCAAUAUAGACACUUCUUCUCUGCUCCUCAUUAAGUAUCAAGGGCAACUACCAGGACCUUCAGUUCCUGACAGAGAGCAACUCAGUCCUUUUGGUCUCAGCUCAAUUUGUGUGUUGUUCUAUUUUCAAUGUGGCUUCUUAUUUGAAGCCUCUGCUCACACAUAAACCUAUAUUAGCCCUCUCUAUAGGCUGGGAGGAUGGAGGGGGGAAGUAAUCCUCCUUCCCCAAAGGGGGAUUACUUUCUUCCUCCUCAAAAAGCGCUCUUUUCCCAGAAGGGUCUCCAACCAUUAGCUCCUAUGGCAACAAAUGGCCUGUACUUGGCCAGCUCUUAUAAGUAACAAAGCCAGACUUGUUUGGCAGAUUUGACCACUUAAGCAAGUUCUUUUGUUGGCCAACAACCUCAUCACUGAGCUGAACAGUUCAGCUCAACCCCCAGACCCAUUAGGAUACAAAAUAAAUCCCUCCACAAUGAAAACAAGCAUGUGGGUAGGCCUAACUUUCUUCCCAAUUCUAGUGCCUCCAGGCUGUGCCCCUCACUCAACAGCCCAUAGCUGUCAACGUUUGCCUUUUUUUAAGGGAAAUUCCCUUAUUCCGAAUAGGAUUCCGUGCAUGAAAAGGGAAAAGUUGACAGCUAUGCAACAGCCCCACCCCAAACCCUCAUUGACUGCAAGGCUGGAAUGUGUCCUGGAAGAAGCUGACAGGUGAGGUAGACCUGCUUUGCUAGCUCCCUGGCAGGUGAGUCGCUUAUGCCUACCAGGAGGGGAAGGGGCAAAGCAGUGGAGAGAUCAGUGUGUUGCAGAUGCACUGGUGAAGCCGAACCAGUGCUCCCUGUCUCUCUCCCAGUAAGACACAGUGACCCACCUGCCAAUUCUUGUUUCUGAAUCUAUGUAGAAAACCUCUGGCUUUCCCUGUACAAAGUGUUGUGGAAAUCAAACCGCAAGACAAUCUUAUUUUAUUUUUUUGCAUCACAUUCCUGAAGCGCUUCUUUAUUCAAAAGUGUGCCAGGGAGAGGUCCCUUAACGCGUUUCGUGACAACGAGUCUUCUGAGCAUGAAACAAAGUGUAUAAUAUUUGAUUCAGGUAGGUAACCGUGUUGGUCUGAUGCACCUUAGAGACCAGCUAGGUUUGUUCUGGGUAUAAGUUUUCGUGUGCAUGCACACUUCUUCAGAUACACUGAAACAGAAAUCACCAGACCCUUAUAUAUAGUGGGAGGGUGGGGUGGGGUUUUCUCAGAAGGGUAGUAGGAGAUGGGUGAUGGCUCAAUGGGUAUGGUAAACCUGUUGACGACUGUUAACGACUGCAAUUAGUCCUACAGGAAAAAGCAAGGGAUAGUAUGCAGAUGACCAAAAAUAGCUUUAGCAUAUGUAAUGAGACAAGAAUCCAAUAUUUCUAUUCAGACCACGUCUCUCCAUAGUUUUCAGUUUAGUAAGGUAAAGGUAAAGGGACCCCUGACCAUUAGGUCCAGUUGUGGCCGACUCUGGGGUUGCGGCGCUCAUCUCGCUUUAUUGGCCGAGGGAGCCGGCGUACAGCUUCCGGGUCAUGUGGCCAGCAAGACUAAGCCGCUUCUGGAGAACCAGAGCAGCACACGGAAACGCCGUUUACCUUCCCGCCGGAGUGGUACCUAUUUAUCCACUUGCACUUUGACGUGCUUUCGAACUACUAGGUUGGCAGGAGCAGGGACCGAGCAACAGGAGCUCACCCCGUUGCAGGGAUUUGAACUGCCAACCUUCUGAUCAGCAAGUGCUAGGCUCUGUGGUUUAACCAACAGUGCCACCUGCGUCCCUUUCAGUUUAGUGGUAAGUUGUAAUUCAGCAACUUCUCUUUCAAGUUUAUUUCUGAUAUUCUUUUGUAAUAAGACAGCAGCUUUGAGAUCCUAUACUGAAUGUCCUGGGAGACUGUUCUCCUACUGGCUUCUCUGUUUUGUGAUUCCUGAUGUCAGAUUUGUGUCCAUUUAUCCUUUGGCGUAGGGUCUGGCCUGUUUGUCCAGUAGAGAGAACUGAAGGGCACUGCUGGCCCUUCUUCGUAUCUGAAGAAGUGUGCAUGCACACAAAAGCUUAUACCAAGAACAAACUUAGUUGGUCUCUAAGGUGCUACUGGACAAUUUUAUUUUAUUUUCGUAUAAUAUUUGUACAGUAAAUGUCACACAGAAAACAAUUAUUAACUUCCUUAAACAUAGUGAAAAAUUACAAAAAGCUCAAAGCAAUAUUUCAGCAGGUUACUGGAAUAGUUGUUUGCUCUAAGAUUUAGCUCACAUAGCACUUAUUCUGCUUUACUGACGGACUGUGGUUACACAUGUUAGAACAUUUUUGCACAACUUUGUUUUUGUGGCUAAAGCAGCAUCCGAAUAAUAGAAUCAUAGAUGUGUAGAGUUGGAAGAGACCCCAAGGGUGAUGUAGUCCCAACCCCCUGCAAUGCAGGAAUCUUUCACCCAACUUGGGACUCAAACCCACAACCCUGAGAUUAAGAGUCUCAUGCUCUACCAACUGAGCUAUCCCAAGCCAGCAAAUGAAGAAAAGAAAAGGCACUCUGCAGCCUUGUAGUGGGACAGCCCAUGGGUACAGCCAACCACCUCAACCAAACUGUUAGGAUAUUUCCGUUCCACCUUAAAAGGGAGCAGGCUGUGAGUCACAGAGUCUGCGUAUUUCCUGUUCACAGGAUGUUUAUGUUUUCUGUUGCUUUCGUUUUCUCUCUGUGUCGUAGACACUAAAGCAGGCAGUCAUGUUUUUCUGUGUUCUGAUCAACGCUGAAUAAACUUGUAAAUAAUGCUCUCCUGAGUGCGACUUUGGCUGUGCAUUAUCUGCUGAUAGAGUGUGCAUGAGCUCUGGAAUGUGGCAAGAUAUUUUCUAGAAACUCAUGUCGCUAAUUGCUGAUGCUGUGUGCCUACGGGAGAUCGAUGGAUCAUCCGGCAGACGGCUUGGGGGCCAUGAUGGACUUUAUCUCCCUGGCAGUAUCCCAACUCUGCAGCCUUGUAGUGGGACAGCCCAUGGGUACAGCCAACCACCUCAACCAAACUGUGACAAAACUUUUGACUGACCAGGUAUCUUGACAUUUUCACUUUGCAGCAGCUGCAAGCACAAACAUCGAGGCCCAGCUCAUCUUUUCACCAGAGUCUUUCAUCCCACGCUCAAUAGCAAUGAAUUUGACCAUCCAUGCACUGGGACGGGCUAUCAAUCUCCUGGAGGCAAGUUCCCCUCCGAAACAUACUGAUAGCUAA